UUGCCAGGAACAUUCUGAGAACUGAGAAUACUUUCUUAAGGUCAGAAGGUGGACUGUGUCUCCGAGCGUUUGGUGUAGGUACAUUACGGGACAGGUCAUGUGAUAAACGAAUAUAGACAUUAGAGUAUCAGAAAAGAUGUCCAGUCGAUCUGGCAGUAGUGAUGACUUUGACACCUGGGAGGUGGUCAGAAGAGAAAGCAGUAAUGAGCGCGAUUUAGAGGAUUCUGACUCGGACAGUUCUAUAGAAGUGGUUUCUGUAGAUACAGACGUAGAAUGUGAACCUGUCAUGCCUUCAUCUCCUUCAUUGGGUGCAAGGCAGAUCAGUCCAGUGUUUGUCUUAAGGGUACCAAGUACAGAAGCAGUAAUGGAUGACUCUGAAUCUGAUGAGUCAGCUGAUGAAGUAGAUGACCCUGUGAUCACCAAGGCUCUGCAGGUGUCCUGUCACAGACAGGAUGAGGAAAUCUUGUCUGUUGGAGGAGGGAAUUUGCACACACCACAGGAACAUGUGGCAACUGCAACAUCACUGGACAGUGGGGGGAUGGACAUCACACAUGGAAGACAUGAGGAAACAGAUACUGAGCCAGUGUCUAGUGUUGACUUCAGCAGUAGUAAUAUUUCAGUAACCUCGUUGUCCAUAGACACAGAACAUACAGAAGAUACAAGCCAAUCAGGGAACUUGGAUGGUUCAAACAUGGUGGAAACAGAGGGAAGCAGAAAAUCAUGUUCCAGUGUGCAAUCUCUUGAUGGUGGAAUCUCUUUAGUUGAUACUACACUCACAUAUCACAAUAGCACCAUUAGGACAGAUGAGGAUAGUGCCUCUAGGACAGAUGAGGAUUGUGCCUCUAGGACAGAUGAGGAUAGUGCCUCUAUGAAAGAUGAGGAUAUUGCCUCUAGGACAGAUGAGAAUAUUGCCUCUAGGACAGAUGAGAAUAUUGCCUCUACGACAGAUGAGGAUAGUGCCUGUAGGACAGAGGAGGAUAGUGCCUCUAGGACAGAUGAGGGUGGCACCUUAAGAACAGAUGAGGAUAGUGCCUCUAGGACAGAUGAAGAUAGUGCCAUUAUGACUGAAAACAUAAUGGCUGCUGAACACUUCCCAUCCCUCUCUUUGGAACCUGAUAGCAUCUCUAGGAUAACUGAUCCUGUGGAGUCAAGUAAACAUCCAAGUAAGGCAACAGAGGAUGGAAAGGAAAGUGACCAUGUUCCAGACAUUACUGAAGAAGAUACAGGACACAUUGAUGAUGAAGUGACCACUAAAAUGGUACUGGAGGAACCACAAGAGGGAUACACCACUGAUCUAGUUCAGCCUUAUAUUGAAAACAUGGUUCCCAACCCUCCCCUUGAUGAUGCAAUUGAAAAAAUUGAUCAGGCUGAUGUUUCGGCAGAUUCUGUGUUGACGCAAGAUGUACAGUUAGGAAGCAAAGAUUCGAAAAAUACUGGAAAAGCUGUCAGUGACAGAUAUAUUCUAGUAAUAAUAUUGAUAGCAUCUCUUAGUGGAUUCUUGAUGGGAUCAGGAACAGGUGCACUGUGGAUUACACGGAGCAUUCACACACAACUGACUGCAGCACACACAGAGAUUGCUAACACUCGCCAACAGUUAUCAGCCCAUGUCACCGAGAUGGAUUUUCUACAACAAAGUUUAUCUUGGAUGACGGAAAAUGCUUCAUUUGACUACGAAAGCCUACUGGCAAGUGAUGAUGAGAUGGUCUUUGAUCCCAAGUUUACAGCAGGUUAUGAUUAUCAACAUUACCUUUUCACUUUCGGAAAAUAUGAUGAAACAAAAAGGGAACUUGUUCGUAGAAAUAAACUGACAGUAGAAGAAAUACAACAAAUGUAUAGUGCAGAGUGGAUGGAUAAGGUUAAUCGUCUUGAGCAAGAGAAAGCAGAUCUGGUUCAACAGAUCGGUAUGAUGAAGUAUAGAUCACCUUCAAAUCCUGACGUCAGUGGAGAGAAGGUAUUGGACAAAGAUGAAGGACAGGACUUCUCGUGGUUUUCUUCAAGUGAUCAAGACUUACAAGCACAAGGUCAUACAGGUCAAAGUAAAACAAAAGAGAAUCGCUGUAGAUCAGAAGGGACAACAGCAGCUCUAGAACAAGAAGACAAAAUUGCUGUUUUAGAAACUGAUCUUCAGCUGGAGAAAGCUCGUUCAGAUAGGUGGCAAAGUAUGUACCUUCAACAGAAAAAAUCUGCUGAAAGCAAAACAUGCUCUGGAAAAGAUUUUCUGAAUCAGUUUGGUGAAAUUCUCCAAAACUUUUCAGUUCCUGAGGACUUCUCAGAGAAUGUUAAAGAUAAGUGGGAGAUUGUGAAAAACCAGUCUUUGGAGGGAUGGCAGUUGAUAAUGGACAUGGCUUCAAUAGUAACCUCAGGAACUAAACAGCAGUACGAUGUCCACCAAACACCAAAGCCGGCUAAGUCCAGUCCAUUUAAAGAUGACAGGAGCUCUGACACAGGACCAGACAAAGACGAUUUGAAUGGUGAGGACCAGGAAGAUUUCUCUAGUAAGGAAAAUAAGGAAAUGCCUGUACCAAAGUGGAAGAACACCAUCGAAGAUGUCUACAACAAGACCAAGACAUCAAUGUCUGAUGUUAGUCAGCAAAUCAAGCAAACCUGGGAACAGGUAAAGAAUCUAUCACAGGAUCUCUGGAAGGAACAUGAGCCAUCAGUGACAAAGUUGCGAGAGAAGAUGUCAAAAAAAGUUGAAAAAGUAACAGAGAAGCUGAAUGCAUGGUUUACAAGGAGGAGAGCCCAUGGUCAUAAAGGUCAUCAAUGGAAGGCUUCGCAAAAAAGUAAUGAAGAGACAUCAUCACAAACAGGAUCAACAAAAAGAAGAAAUUUCACAAAGUUAAAGGAGGAAGAGAAAAACUGGACAAAGGAUAAUGAAGAGAAGGAAGAUGAGGAAAUUGAUGAUGAUGAUGAUGAUGUUGAUGAAGAUGACGAGGAAAAAUGGGGUCAUUCUGAUCCGGUGAUGAAGUGGUAUCAUAGAAAAUUCUCAAGAUUUAGGACAAAAAUAGACAAAUUAAAUUUACAGAAAUUUUUGAAAAUGAAUCGUAAACAUAUGAGAAAAGUCUUUAAAAGAAUAGAGAACUUUGUUAGAAAAUUUGAUAUGCAAGUGUUAAGCCCCCAAAACAGGAAGUGGUUAACAUGCCAAUUGGACUGGUGGUUUGGAAUGUCUGCAGAUGUAAAGAAAGAUCCUAAUUGUAGAGACAUGCUUCAAUGCUGGCAGGUUAAAGCAGGAGGUGACCCCAGUGGGUGUGACAGUAGUCACUACAGUGACCAACUCCAUAAAGGUCACCAACAAAAAGGAGGCAAAAGGCAUUUAAAUAAUCAGGGUCAGGGAAGAGAAGACAAAGCGAAAAAACAAUUUCAUGGCAGCCCACAUCGAACUGAUGAUUCGCAUUAUCAAGAUGAUAAUAACAGACGUGAAAGGUUUGAAGAAGAAGAGAACAGUGAUCCGAUAGAGGACCCCACACCCUUUUGUGACCAUGCUUCUGGGGACUGUCCAACAUCUGAACCAUCUUGGUACAUUCGCCAGUUAAAACAUAGGGAAGAAAUGCGUAGGAUAGUCGCCGAGGAAACUGAACCGGGCAGCCAGUCUGAUUGGAUGUUCACUAGAGCAGAAGAUCGCGAUUUCCAGCGAACUCUUCCUGAUGACUGGUACUUACAAAGACUUGACAGCACCAAAUAUAGGGACAAUGGUUACUUUGAUGAAGAAUAGAUAGCUUGAAUUAAUAGUUUCCUAGUAUUACAUAUUGCUGUCUUGUUGAGAGUAAUACAAUAUUGAUAAAAGCAUAGUGUACUUAAUCCAAUUCAUUUUGUCAUUAGGGUAAUUUCACCACUGAGAAAUUAAUUACAUCAUCUUGUUAUUUUUAUGAACUUUUUCUUGAAGAAACAAUGAAAUUUAAGUUUUGCUUAAGAGAUAGAUUUAAUCCUUUGGUUCUUUUCAUAGUUAUGUAUUUUUUUUUUUUUUAAUCACAAGGAGUAAUCUUUCUUUGGCUCUUCCAGUAGGCAAUCAGAAAUUAAAGGUCCUGAUUCAAUUUUGAAAAUCACAACAUUUGUCACAUCAACUUACCUGUUAAGGUAAUUCGAACUUACUACUCUUAAUGUAGAGCUUAGAAAACUACAGGCUUCUAGUAUAAUCUCUGCAGGAGACAUUGGAAACAAAAAUGGUCUCUUAGGAUAUGCUUUUAUUAAUUUGCACAUUUACAUAAUCCAGAUACUUGCAUCUUUAAAAUUCAUUAUAUGUGAGGUAUGCAAAUUUCAUAGUAAUGUUUUUAAAACUUAGGAAAUCAGAAGUUUCUGGUGCCUUAUUAUUCAAAUUGUGUUACAAUUUUAUAAUAGGAACUCUUUUGAUUCCCUUUGGCAAAUUUGAAAAUGAUUUUUAAAAUACCAUUUAUGAUAUACAGUAUAUACUUGUGAUGAAUUGUAAGUGUUGCUAUAACCUUCAGCAAAAUAUCAAGAAAUCAUUCUGAUAUAGUGAAAACCGUCAAGUUUGGUUGUAGUUAUUGUUGGUUUUAUACAAUACUUCACUACAAGCUGGAGUGAUUUCUAUUUCAUAAAAAUGUGCAGUAAAACGGUAGCAAUGAUGUAAUGAUUUAAAAUUGAACAAAUAUUUUCCCUUAUACUUUUGUUAAUCUAGUCAGUGAUUGAUUUUGAUUGUAUAGGUAAAGAUCGCUUGAUACAAAAGAAUUUAGAAUUUCCUGCACCUAAAGUCACUUCUUAAUGAAAUCUGGUGUUUAUGUAUCAGUUACAUCUCUGUAUGACACAUUUGAAUUGACACCUUGUUUUACGUAUGUUACAUAUAAUAUUAUCAUAAUAUUUAUAUAAUAGAAUACUAUGAUAGAAUAAUGAAUAAAUAAAUAAUGGUUAUAUGCUUAAUGGUUUUGUAACCAUAUCAUUGUUGGCUGUAAACGUAUGUGUUAUGUUUAUCUGUUUUAAAAUUUCAUUAAAUUUUCAAAGUUUAUGUUAAACCUCAGAUUCCUAUGAUUGUUAUAUGUGCAGAGGUUCUGUGAUAAAACAUAUGUGUCUCCACUGUAUAAAGCCCUCCACUUACUGUAUAAUUUGUAGGUGUUUGCUCAUUAGUUUGCCAAUAGAAUAUACUGUUAUGAUGGGGAGAGCUUUUUCAACAUAUCGCAAUAAAGACUGGUACUGAAAGAAUGAAGUGCUGUGGUGCUGAAGUGGAUGAUUGUUAACUGUGUAAAUAUUUCGUGCUUUUUUUACCUGAAAUAGUGAUCUUCACUGUAAUCAUAAAUAAAACUAGAUCGGUUUGAAAUUCCAUCGUGUGCUUCAUGUGUAGAGUGGUGGAGAGAUUCAUCUAUGACUGUAGUAAUAUUCAUCUGACAUAAUUGUUUGGACUUCAAUCGUGUUAUGCAUUCUGUAUAUUACAUUUACAAUAAAUUCACCGAAAAUAUCUUGCAUUGUAA